CGGUGCUCUCAGCUCAGCGCUCCUCCGCUUCCGGGGAACAUAAAACGUGACGUCAGAAGAGAGGCUGGAGCAUCAUGGCGGUCGUCCUGAGACUGGUCAACAGAAGUGUUUUGAGUUCGGGUAUGGGUCAGCAUUACCUGGCGUUCAGCUCCGCGGCGAACGUGAACGCAGCUGGUGUGAGAGCAGGUCAUGCUCUUCCAGCGAAGGUGAAAAUAGUGGAAGUGGGACCCAGAGAUGGUCUUCAAAAUGAGAAGACGAUUGUACCGACGGAGGCUAAGAUUAACUUGAUCAACAUGUUGUCAGAAUCGGGGCUUUCUGUCAUCGAGGCCACCAGCUUUGUUUCUCCAAAAUGGGUUCCACAGAUGGCAGACCAGAUGGAGGUCAUGAAGGGCAUCAGGAAGAAACCAGGAGUGUCUUAUCCGGUCCUUGCCCCCAACCUUAAAGGUUUCCAGGCUGCCGUGAAGGCAGGAGCGUCGGAGGUAGCCAUAUUUGGUGCUGCGUCUGAAAUGUUCAGUAAGAAGAACAUAAACUGCUCCGUGGACGAGAGUUUACAGCGCUUUGACGAGGUUAUGGCCGCAGCUAAGGAGGCCGGCGUGCCAGUUAGAGGUUACGUCUCGUGUGUCGUCGGGUGCCCGUAUGAGGGGAAGGUGGCGCCUGAAAAAGUCGCCUAUGUAGCAAAGCGUCUCUACUCCAUGGGCUGCUAUGAGAUCUCUCUGGGGGACACCAUCGGAGUAGGGACUCCUGGCAGCAUGACCGCGAUGCUGGAGGCGGUGAGCAGAGAGGUGCCACUCAGUGCUCUGGCAGUGCACUGCCAUGACACCUACGGCCAGGCUCUGGCUAACAUCCUGGUAGCCUUACAGAUGGGAGUCAGUGUGGUGGACUCGUCAGUAGCUGGACUGGGUGGCUGUCCCUAUGCACAGGGGGCCUCUGGGAAUGUCGCGACUGAAGAUGUAGUCUACAUGUUGCACGGACUUGGGAUCCAGACUGGGGUGGACCUCUCAAAGCUCAUGGACGCUGGCGCUUUCAUCUGUCGGACCCUCAACAGAAAGACCAGCUCCAAAGUGGCACAGGCCUCCUGCAAGUUGUAGACAAGUAACGUCGUUUCACGCACCGCAACAUGACCAUGUAACCGGGAACUAUCAUCUUCUGUAGGCUCCGUUCUCCAUGUUUCAGUUGUAAUUUAUUUGUUGAUUUGUCCUCUAUGAAAAUAUUUAAUAAUUGAUGGUAUUGACCCUUUUCUCUGUUCACUACAUGAUAGCGUUUCUGAAAUGGUGCCUUAUGUAGGGUCCCUCCAAUUAUGCAGAUCACAUUUGUUUAAAAUGAUGCCUUCACUUGUUUUUAUUUUUACGCUGGACUUCGAUGACAUUCUGGGAAGUGGGUCAACCCAAGUGAAGCACAGGCUUUGUUCAUGAUAUUAAAUUAUUGUGUGUGUAAAUGUCCCUGGGAUGGAUGAACUCACUGUUGAUGUCAGUGCUGACAGAAGUGUUGUUUUUUCAUUGCUAUCAUCCACUGUAGGCAAGUCGUCAGUCUUCAAAUGGAUUGUUUUUACAGGAAGCAUCUGUGAAAAUCUUUUGUCCUUGUGAACUUGGGCAUUGUUCUCAUGUGGAAAAUGUUACCUUUAAUUUUUAUUUUUUUUGUUUAUUAUUAGUAGUUUUACUUCAACACAUUUAUUUAUUUUAAAAUAUGACACUUUAUAACCAUCGUGUACAUACAGGUUGGGAGUUUCAAUAAUAAAUAAUUAUUUCUUUAA